AUUAUCGUAGAGGCAAGAGGCGCAGGAGAAGGAUUUUGUUUUAAGAAAAUCAGCAAGAAAACAGGAGCAUGCAAAAAAAUAUCAGGAAAGAAGAUUCAGAAAGUUGAUUGCUGUUCAGGCGGGGGCGCAGGAUGGAGCAAACGGAAAAAAGACAAAGACAGCUGCGAGCCGUGUCGAACGUCCGUCCAAGGUAGGAAGUUGGGUCCUUAGUAAACAUAAGGCUGCCAAACAACAAUUUUAAAGAAAAAGGAAGAAAGGAUUUUGGUGUCCAAAAUAUUGGUAACAAUUAAAAGAAAAAGAUACUGCGAAAGAGGCUUCUUUCAAUAGCCACAUCAUAGGAUUUGGUUAACGAAUUGAUAAGACAGAAGACGUAGAACUUGUUUACAGAGCAUAAUAAAUAUCACGCUUACAAAAACCACUAAAAAGGUUCCAUUUCAAAGGUUUGAAAGGAUUUCCUCCUUGAGAUUACCAUAAUUUCUUAUUAACUGACUAUGCUUUUGAAAAGGUUAAAUAAAAAAUAACAAACGAUUCAUCUUUUACUUUAAGUGAAUUUUAGGAAUUGAUUCUAAAACUAGUAAGGACAUCUCCAUGAUAUGACUGCGGUACAUUUCCUUAGUAAUACUAUGUUAACAUUGAAAGAAACUUUUUUAAUGCCAAACUUUUUUAAUGCCAAAUAAGGGUGGCUUGUACUUGGCUUUAGAAAACAUUAUGUUAGUUUGACUAUGUUAGUUCAUUAUGUUCUGUUUGAACUGAGUUAAUGCAAGACCUUUGGAUUCUAAGACGUGGACAACUAUGAGGUUUGUAGUGAACCAGCGUCAUUUGAGUGGGAAAACGUGAUGGCCGUCGUCAUUCUACGACAAGUUUCAGCGACCAGAAUGCCGUAGUGGUGAAAACAAAUCAUAAAAGAUCAGAAGUUUUAUGAUUUGGCGAUGGGGAGAGGGGGGUGUGUGUUCAGUUUGAAUAACCAGAAAAAAACAUUUGUUUAAAUCUCGUCCUCGAACCAAAGGGACUCUAAUAUGGUCUUUUUUAAACGUAGUGACAAGUCGUUGGAGUAACUGGGGUCCCUGGAGUAAGUGUAACGCAACUUGUGGGCCUUCAUACCAAUUCAGUAAUAGGACGUGCAUUUCUAAUGGUCCCAAAAAUUGUAAAGGAAGAAGUCAGAAAUCCAGGCCAUGCAGCACAUCACCCUGUCCAAGUAAGUAAAAGGAUUCUAUUUAAUUUUAUUUCUAGCAUGGCUCUAGAUUGAUUAGAUAGCUAUAGAGUAAGUCAUAUUGAAGUUGACUCAUUUUCUGCAAGUUUUCUUGCAAGCUUUUCCUUUCGCCACGCUCACUGCUCUUCCAAAAAGAUGUCAUUUUAAGUGAAAAUCCGUUGACAUGCAAUCUGGUGGUUACCCUGGGUAUGUCUUCCCUGAAUCCUAGCGACACCCCUGGGUAGCUAGAUCAUAUGCGAUCGCAGGCUUCUGACUGGACUAAGGAUCAAUGCUGGAGCUCAACUGACAGAUAAAGCGGUAAAUGGAGAUUAAUUAGAACUAAUUAUGACACAAUGUAAAGAAAUGUUCUUUAAUGAGGAUAACGCUUAAUCUCUCGAUCUACACAUGGCCCUCAGAGAGAGAGUAACUAGCUUGCUAACGAAAUACUAAAGAUUUUCCAUUACCAGGUAAAAAUUUCGCUUUGCUUUAUUUUGAUUUCAAAAGGAGUUAACGAGCAGCAGUCGUUCCGUCAGAAAAUAGCAGCAGUCUUUUAGUUAGUCUGUCGGUGUGACUGUUUUACCCAAGGUAAAAUCAAAUUCUGUGUGUAGUUUCGUCGGUUUGACUAGAAUGGACUGCCUUGGCGAGUAGACUGUAACCAGUUAAUGAAAAACUAUGCAAGUUGGAAAUGAGAAUUAGAAGAACUUAUUAUUCACAUAUAAUACAUGAAACAGUAUAGAUAAUAAUGUGUAAUUGUAGCCAAACUAGACUACGAGUAGUCCCCCAUUUUUCCUCAGGGGAUAGUAGAGCGAGCAAAACGCGAGCGCGCGUGAAAAUCAACCCACGCGAGAAAAGGCGACACGCGGCGUGUCGCCUUUUCUCGCGUGGGGUGAUUUUUACGCGCGCUCGCGUUUCGCUCGCUCUACUAUCCCCUGAGGAAAAAUGGGGGACUACUCGUAGUCUAUAGCCAAACUAGCUUGUCAAAUUAAUUGCAUGCAUCGGUUCUUCAUUCAUUCAUUCAUCCAUUCACUCAUUACACUUACUUCUCACUUAGGGCAAAGGAUAUUGGAAAACCUUUUUCAUUGAUGUUUUUGCCUGUUUCAGUUGACGGGGGCUGGUCUCCCUGGGGUAACUGGACGCGCUGUUCGAAAACAUGUGGAGUGGGUUAUCAAACUCAACACAGAACUUGCACUAAUCCGCCACCACAACAUGGCGGAAGGGACUGUCAAGGGAAUCUGGAUCAAUCAAGACAAUGCGAGGAUCAGAAGCACUGCCCAAGUGAGUUUAAGUCUCAAUCUCACUUUGAAAUCAGUUGAUUAGCAAUUAUUGGACUCGGCUUUCGUACGAUAUGAAGAAUUAUGCAGAUCGUGGAGCGUGUUGUCGGCCGAGGCGGAGAGAACAAAGAGAAAUUCGACAAAUUCAGACAAAAAGAUAUUCUUCAAAUAACAGUUAUCAUCCGUUGAGGUGCAUUUUUGCUGUUCUUGCUAUGCUGAGGCAGUAAUUUGCCUACUGACUUCUUCGCAAAACGUGUGAAUUUGCGCUUGUUCUACCAAACAAAGCAACCACUUCCCCAGGGCUUCUCGGUUGGCUUCCUUUUUUUUCUGUCUGUUAUUUUGCACCAUUGAUGUGAUUUUAUCGAAUAUUGCAAACGUCUAAAUUUGGAAAACGCUGGCUGGUUAUGAAAAAUUAGCUGAAGGAUUCGAGGCAUUAAGAAACGAGGAAAUAGUUUGAAUUGGUGAUACUCAAUAAAAUUUCAAAACAGAAGCCCAUCUUGAUAAACGUGAUACAGUCGAACCCCGCUGGACAGUUUUGUUUUGCCUGGGGAAAGCCCUUACAUUUUUUCUAAAUUCAACCCGCUUAAUACGGACACCCGUUAAUGCGUACAACGAACACUCUUUUCUUUCCCAAUCAACAGAUUCUCAUAGAAAGUCAACCUCGCUAAUGCGGACACUUCAACAACAUCUGUGUGUUGUAAUAGACCUUUCCUUUCUGAAAGUAAAAAAAACCCUUCAAUUGAGAGCUUGUCGAUAUUCCCAGCGCUACAGUACACCGAAUUGGACUAAGUAUUUGUAGACGUCAAUUUCAGACUAUUUUGGCAUCAAACGAGUUAUGCAGGAUUACCAGUAAGUAAGAUGUAGACAGGGCGAUUUUUGAAUGUUUUCCGCAGAUUUCGUCCGCGCAAUGACGGCUUUGUGAAGGUUAGGGAUAUUUAAUUUGAAGAUGAUAAGGUCCUCUUUUAUUUCUUUCGUAUUUUGUCCUAAUAAAUGGUGUUUUAUACUUGAAUAACAUGACCCCCUCAAUAGGGACAUCCCGGACACUUUCUUUGGGCCCAUCAGUGUCCGUAUUAACGGGUUAGACUGUAUUAGUUGGGAACAUUAAAAAAAGUUAUAAUUGAUCCGUACUUGGAAUGUAAACGCAAUAUAUACUUCCUGUUAAAUCUGUUUUUAAUGGGGAGCUUAAGCACAACGGCGAAGAUGCCGAGACCUUAUCCCUGUUAUUCUACCUCGUUCAUGUUUGCGAAUCUACUUUAAGAGAAUUUUAAGGACCGUAUCCAAGUUUAGGACAAGAAAGAGAAAAUCAUUGUCUUGAGUUAACUUCCUCCUAAAAUAGAAAGAUUAGGAAGAUUUCACUUGAACGUCGUGCGGUGACGGCAAAGAAAUGUACCAAAAAGUGUGAUGCACCUGAAGCUGGUUGUUUUGUUUAGUAAGUCUAUUGAUUUUUGAGGCAGUCUCGAUGCCGCCGCCGUCGCAGUUGCUUUAAGCUCUCAAAAACUUUUUAUUUAUAGCCUUGCUUUAAUUGUUUUUUUUCUUUCGAAACCUCUACAUCUUCAUACGAAGAGCAUUUUUCUCCUUCUUUAAGACACGCCUAAAGCAGGAGAUAUCUUCUCACUUUUUUUCGUCAAUAUGUUUUGCCCAUUGAAUUGGCUUCGUCAUCUAUUUUGAUCGAUUUGUCUCCGAUCUCGAUAUUAACCUGAUUAUUCGAAAGACUGUGUGUUUGUUGAUCUGACUCAUGAAUUUAAUCUUGGCGGCAUUAAUCCUUAGCCUCCAGUUAGUUAUAAGCCAACGCCGGGUUAAAGUUUCAUAGCACUGAGUAGACGAUAUUUUUAACGUCAAACAGCCGCGAAGGCUAUAUUUGUGUCGUCGGCGAACACAGAGGCUACGAAAACUGAGGCAUUUAGGCAGAUCGAUCAUGUGAACUAAUUAAAGAAGUGUCCAACGUUGCUUCCCCAAUGGAAGACACAAGAAACUGGAGGAAUAUUUGACAAAUGACCAUUACAAGUAAACAUAAAAUAACUUAACAUCGCAACCAAAUGGACAUUCGAGUUGUCCGUUCAAUUUUGAGCUAUAUAAAAAUUCAUUGCAAGUUUGUUUAAUUUUUAUCAGGGUUUUACAAGGUUUAAUAUGAUUGUAUUAUUGUUCCGGAUUCUCUGUUUAUAAUAUUUAGUUUGUUUAUUUACUUUUCAUUUCAUUGCUCUAUUUUCUUUGGGUUUAUACACCCAUAACUGCAUCAUAACAUGUAUAUCACUGAUUCUCUAACAGGGGCGGGUCCAGGAUUAUUUUUAGGAGGAGGUGCACUCUUCUCUUGCUCUACUUCAACAGCAAUAAACCACAUAGUUUUUUUUUUUUUUGCAGAAUACCAGUUGUAUUAGAAAACCGCAGGUCAUCUCCGGGGGGGGAGGGGUGCGCACCCCCUGCACCCUCCCCCUAGAUCCGCCCCUGUCCAAGUUACAUGUGAACUUACGUAAAUAUGAUACUUUGAUUUUUGUUUCAGUUCAUGGAGGCUUGGGCCAGUGGGGAGAUUGGUCUGGUUGUGAUAAGACCUGCGGGCUCGGAAAGAGGACGCGAGAGCGGCCAUGUGAUAACCCAAAGCCCCAGUAUGGAGGGAGACCAUGUAACGACUCUGGCAGGAGAGAAUUUAGAUACUGCAGGGAACAGAGAUGCCCAAUAGGUUUGUUAUGUUUUAAAACUCUCUUUCGUUAGGAAAGAAUGUAAAAAUGGUGGCCAGGUGUUAAAAAUGUGCGGCUAAAACACUAAAUCCAAAUAUUUAGCCCUUUCACUGUCCCAGUGAAUGAUGAUGGUUCUGACUUUGGUACCUGUGGACAAAACAUUAUGGUGUGACCAUUCAAAUAAAGCCUCUUCAACGAUACUUUUACAUACUACUAUCAUUUGGUUUUCAGCAUUUUACAAAAUAAAAUUUGGAAUUUGUUUUUAAUCUUAACUUUGGUCACUUUUAAGGAUGAAAGGACAAAAAAUUUCGAGUGUUACCCUUUGACUUCUUUUGUUUCUUCCAGUAUAUUCAGGUUCCGGCGUUGGAUCAGGAUCUGGAUGGGGGUCUGGCUCUGGCUCUGGCUCUGGCUCUGGAUCAGGCUCGUCGGGAUCUGGGUCUGGUGAUUGGAUAGGAGGAGAUGGCUGGAGCGAUGACGAGGACUUAAGUCAGCGUCGGCGUCGGCGUCGACGAAGAUCAUUGAGAAAUUAAAGAGAGAUUUAAGUGUAAAUGACAUUAUAUUUUAUUGCUUGGUUGAUAGAAUAUCAGUACACAGUGUCAUGAUCAAAACUUUUACCGUGAUUUGACCGUCUAUAAACUUGAAUUUUUACCUCUGGUUGCCGCAAAACAAGUUCUCCUGUAAUGACGUCACAAUCCUUACCAGUCUACCGUCUUUUUUACAAUCGCGCGGUUUUGUUCCAGAAGUGAAAUUUCACUUUCAAUUUACUGGAGAGGAAAAAUCGAUAUCGAGAAAAAGCCUUUCGCUGUUCUUAUUACGACCACACUGCGUAGAUUCCAACCUCGUUCACAGGUUCUCUCUCACUCCGUAGGGACGGGUAGGAGAGAACCCUGUCAACGAGGUUGAGUAGAUUCUAUCAAGCAAAUAAAAAUAAUCUGUCAUCACUUGCAUCGCAUUGCUCACUGCAUUGCAGCACAGUGAGUAUGUGGGUAAUUUGUAGUUAAAUUCUUCCGAAGAUAGGAUAAAGUACUAGAAAAGAAUUCUGGAAAACAAAAUGCAUAUUUUCUGUUUAUUAUACUUCAUUUUUUUUUUUUAAAACAAAACACGUUUUUGAUACUGGUGAGGUUAAAAUGCUGAGGUUCAUGAUAACUUUGCUACCACUUAUAGUAAAAUUUUAGACCUACCAUAAUUUAUGUCCAUUUAUGUCUGGACUGAAAAGGAAGAGGCUCGCUAUGGGUGUUUUCAAAAAUAUCGAAGUCGCAACAAUCGCUACUGAUGUCAAACGACGGUCUGAAAAAAAAGGAACGAUGAUUAAAUUUGAUGUCGUUAGUCGCGCGAUGAAGGCAAAAAAGUCUGCCAAAAAGUGUGAUUACGUCCAGAGCUUCUGUUUUGCUUAUUAAAGCUGUCGUUCCGUGUCGUGGUUGCCCGAGAUCGCUGGUAGUACUCGCAAACAAUUCGGUUUUUCAACAAAAUCGUUGCAGUGUGACGAUUUCGUUAAAAAACCGAGCAUUUGAUAGAAAACACUGAGAAAACGCGCUGCGAAAACGAAGUCCUCAGGUUCCCAUGGACAGGCAUGUACGUGUUCUAACCUGCGAGCAAGCUCUCUCACUGGGCGAACGAAGCGAGCCGCGCGAGAACGUGCGAGCAAGCGGCGAAACGUCUCCCCACGCGUGCCACUCGUGCAUGUACUUUUCACGAUAUCCCCCUAAUGGAGAGCUUGCUCGCCGGCUAUUAGCCUGCGUAGCAGGCACUAGGAAAUAAAUGGACGCAAGAAAGAACGGGUGGGAAACAAUUUUCGGGGGCCUUCGGUGCAGGCGCUCCCUCUCCCCUCGCGUGUCUCCUUCUCGCGCGCGCGUUUUUCCUUGCGCCCAUUUAUGUCCUAGCGCCUGCUACGCAGGCUAGCCGGCUAUACGUGUUCCUGCCGACAAACCCAAAGGAAAUUACAUGGAGACAGGUCCAACUCUUUAGUUUAACUAAUUUUUGUGUCUUUUCUUGUCUAGACGUUUUGUUUAGUAUAUUGUAAACCAAAGUUAAUGAAUAGCUUAUUUUUAAUUUUUUAAAAUUGACUUACUGAGAAUAAUUUGAUGAGGCGUUGGUAAAGUAUAAUCCGCUGUCCAGUUGGCUCAGUUGGAAUAGCUCCAGUCUGUUGACCGGUUGGUCAGGGGUUCCAACAUGAGCUAAAGGUCGUGGAGGUCUUGGACUAAAUAAAUGUAAAAUUUUUGUGGAAG